AGGAUGGAACCAGCGUCGGUGAGGACGAAAGCCCCCUCUUUUCUAUCCGACCUGGGCAAGGCCACGCUCCGGGGCAUCCGGAAAUGUCCGCGCUGCGGCACUUACAACGGCACCCGUGGCCUGAGCUGCAAGAACAAGAACUGUGGGAACGUUUUCCGCUACGGCGCGCGCAAGCAGCCCAGCGUCGACGCCGUCAAGAUCAUCACCGGUUCCGACUUGCAGGUUUAUUCGGUGCGGCAGAGGGACCGAGGACCGGAUUACCGGUGUUUUGUGGAGCUGGGGGUGUCGGAGACGGCGAUCCAGACGGUGGACGGGACCAUCGUCACGCAGCUCAGCUCCGGCCGCUGUUACGUGCCGUCGUGCUUGAAAGCGGCCGCUCAAGGCGUGGUGGAAAACCAGUGCCAGCACGUCAAACUGGCGCUCAACUGCCAGACUGAGGCCACCCCGCUUGCCCUGAAAAGCUCGGUCCUCAACUCCGUGCAGGCUUCGCCCGAAACCAAACAAACCCUCUGGCAGCUGGCCACGGAGCCCACGGGCCCGCUCGUGCAGAGGAUCACCAAGAACAUCUUGGUGGUCAAGUGCAAGGCCAGCCAGAAGCACAGCCUGGGCUACCUGCAUGCCUCCUUCGCCCAGAAGAUGAGCCCCAAGACGCUGGCCGACCACAGGUUCUCCUGCUACUGCCAGGCUCCCCAACCCGGCCAGGGCGGCCCGACCGAGGAG